CCUGCCCCCGGCCGCUUCGCUACCCGCCGCGACCGCGGGCUACGAGGCGCUGUUGGCCCCGCCACUCCGCCCCCCGCGCGGUUACCUGAGCCUGCACGAGGCCGCCCCGCACCUCCACCUGCCCCGGGACCCUCUGGCCCUCGAGCGCUUCUCGGCCACUGCGGCCGCGGCCCCGGAUUUCCAGCCGCUGCUGGACAACGGCGAGCCGUGCAUCGAGGUAGAGUGUGGCGCCAACCGAGCGCUGCUCUACGUGCGCAAACUCUGCCAGGGCAGCAAGGGGCCGUCCAUCCGCCACCGCGGCGAGUGGCUCACACCCAACGAGUUCCAGUUCGUCAGCGGCCGCGAGACGGCCAAGGACUGGAAGCGCAGCAUCCGCCACAAAGGGAAAAGUCUGAAGACGCUUAUGUCCAAGGGGAUCCUGCAGGUGCACCCUCCGAUCUGCGACUGUCCGGGCUGUCGAAUAUCCUCCCCGGUGAACCGGGGGCGGCUGGCAGACAAGAGGACAGUUGCCCUGCCCCCCACCCGGGGCCUAAAGAAGGAGUUGACCCCCAGCUUCUCCGCCAGUGAUGGCGACAGCAACAGGAGUGGCCUGGCCUGUGGGCAGCGGCUGGGCUUGAAGCAGGAGGACGACCCACGUGUCCGUAUCAUGAAGAGAAGAGUCCACACCCACUGGGACGUGAACAUCUCCUUCCGAGAGACGUCCUGCAGGUCACUCCGUGGAGGCCCCCCUUGCAGCAGCCCAACCAGGAAGCUGCUCCGUUACAGCCAGGACAGCGACCUUCCCACCCUCAUAUCCAGCGUGCAUCGAAGCCGCCACCUCGUUAUGCCCGAGCACCAGAGCCGCUGUGAAUUCCAGAGAGGCAGCGUGGAGAUUGGCCUAGGAUCCGCAGGUGACCUGCUGGGCAAGAGGCUGGGCCACUCCCCCCACGUCAGCAGUGACUGCCCCUUGGAGAAGAAGGCCCGAAGCAAGUCCCCACAAGCAGAGACUCUGUUGCUGCCGGAACUAGGGCCCAGCAUGGCCCCCGAGGAUCAUUACCGCCGACUGGUGUCUGCCCUGAGUGAAGCCAGCACCUUUGAGGACCCCCAGCGUCUCUACCACCUGGGACUCCCCGGCCAUGAUCUCCUGAGGGUCCGGCAGGAGGUGGCAGCAGCAGCUGUGAGGAGCCCCAGUGGCCUGGAAGUCCACCUGCCCUCAACCACAGCAGGGCAGCGUCGGAAGCAGGGCCUGACUCAGCACCGAGAGGGCACCGCCCCGGCUGGCACCCCGUCCUUCUCAGAGAGGGAGCUGUCGCAGCCACCCCCUUUGCUGUCACCCCAGAAUGCCCCCCAUAUCGCCCUGGGCCCCCACCUCAGGCCCCCCUUUUUGGGGGUGUCCUCGGCCCUGUGCCAGACCCCAGGAUACGGUUUCCUGCCUCCUGCUCAGGCGGAGAUACUCGCCCGGCAGCAGGAGCUCCUGCGGAAGCAAAACCUGGCCCGGCUGGAGAUGUCAGCAGAACUGCUGCGCCAGAAGGAGCUGGAGAGCGCGCACCGGCCGCAGCUGCUGGCGCCAGAAGCCGCCCUGCGCCAGCCGGAUGGUGCUGAGGAGCUGCAGCGGCGUGGGGCCAUGCUCUGCUCCCCGACCCCCACGGCCAAGCCCCCAGCCGGAGGGGCCAGCUCUGAGGGGAAGGGGCUUCUCUCAGGGUCCAUGCUGCCCCCUCCACUGCCCCUGGGCUUACCCUACGCUGUCAGCCCCUACUUCCACACAGGCGCCAUGGGGGGCCUCUUCAUGGAUGGGGAAGAGGCCACAGCCCCCGAGGAUGUCAGCAAGUGGACAGUGGAGGAUGUCUGCAGCUUUGUGGGAGGCCUGUCUGGCUGUGGAGAAUAUGCACCGGUUUUCAGAGAACAGGGGAUUGACGGGGAGACCCUGCCCCUGCUGACAGAGGAACAUCUCCUGACCACCAUGGGGCUGAAGCUGGGGCCUGCUCUCAAGAUCCGGGCCCAGGUGGCCAAGCGUCUGGGCCGCGUCUUCUACAUGGCCAGCUUCCCUGUGGCUCUGCCGCUGCAGCCACCAACGCUGCGGGCUUCCGAGCGGGAGCUCACCUCGGGGGAGCAGCCCCUGUCCCCAACAAUGGCCCCUUCCCCGUUUGGGGGGGCACAUCCCCCUGCUGGCCGAGCCUCACCCAAGCAAGAGAACGGAACCAUGGCUCUACUCCCAGGGCCUGCAGACCCCUCCCAGCCUCUGUGUUGAGCUGGUGUCAAACCUCUAGUCCUUCAGUGCCAGCUGCUCUGAUGCAGAUUUCCCCGCCCCUGCCCUUCAACAGCUUAUUCUCCUUUUGGUUGUGGAUGCAAAAAACACAAUUGAAAACACAUAACUUAAAGAGGAAAGGAAUAAGUUUCCAAGGACUCUCUGGGGAUGACUAUCGACCUGAGUGCAGACGGCUUGGGCACUUGAACCCGGGCCAGGGGGUGGGGGCUCUGCAUCCUGGGCAGCUGCAGACAAACCAAAGACAUCACGCCAUGCCCGCUGGCUCCGGGGGGAGCCACGACUGCUUGGCAUCCUGACUUAAGGCAGAGCCGUGCUCCAGAUAAGCUUCCCUCAUGGGGUAGGUGUGUCUCACCUGCCACCAUGGGUGCAGCGGUAGGCAGGUUCCCUGGUGCUGGUUUACAUCCCCACGGCCGCCACUCCAGGGACUGGAACAGCACUUGGUACUUUCUGGUGUUUUAUGUUGUAAAAAUAAAGCCUUGUCCAGCA